AUGAUGAGAACAAUUCUUCCUGAAAACAGGGAUCAUGGUGAACUCCACAUAGUUUUUGCCAACCUGCUGCUCAUCGUGCUGAUCAGUGUGACCAGAAGUCUUCAUGAACCCAUGUACGUCUUCAUGUGCAGCCUGUUUGUGAAUGAGCUCUUCUGUAGCACGUGGUUGUUUCCUUUUCUUCUGGUUCAGAUUCUCUCCGACACUCACAAUAUCUCUGCCUCCUUUUGUUUCCUGCAGAUUUUCUGCGUGUACUCUUAUGGCUGUAUAGAAUAUGUCAAUUUAGUUAUCAUGGCUUAUGACCGAUACCUCGCCAUCUGUUUCCCUCUACAAUAUAACCAACGUAUGACCACUCACAGAGUUGUCGUGCUUAUUUCUCUGAGUUGGUUGUUUCCAUUUCUUGGAAUCAUUGUCGUGGUUUCUUUAAUCGUCCCUUUACAGUUCUGUGGAAACAUCAUCAACAAAGUGUACUGUGAUAACUAUUCCACUGUUAAACUGGCCUGCUCUGACACAACCAUCAUUAACAUGGAAUCAUGGUUGCCCCUUGACACUAUUCUGUUUGUGAUUUUCAUGGAGAGGAUCUCAAAGCGCAGCCUGGGGAAGGAGGGUUUCCAGUUUGGGGGCUUCAAAAUCUCAUCUCUGCUUUUUGCAGAUGAUGUGGUUUUGUUGGCUUCCUCAUGCCGGGACCUCCAGCAGGCCUUGGGUCCGAGUCUCCAAGACCGAGGCCAGGGUUCUCUGCCAGAAAACAGUGGCUUGCUCUCUCCGGGUGGGGAUUGA